AUGCUGAAAAGGAAACUACAGUUUUGCCACAACUCACUCUUCAGGCUUUUCUUGGGGCUAACUCUUAUUCUAGUAAUCAUUUCAGUUUUGAAAGUUAAUCAGAAACCAUACUUAAAUUGGAGACAUCUGGAACCGACUAAUGACAAUCCUAUUAGCAGUAUUAGCUGCACAAAGAUAUUGGAGGGUGAUAUAGAAGAAAUCCAGAAGGUAAAGCUUGAGGCAUUAUUGGUGUCAUUUAAGAAACACCCCAAACUAACAACAAAUGACUAUAUUAACAUGACAGACUGCUCCUUUACCAAGACUAGGAAAUAUAUCAUGGAACCCAGCAAUGAAGCAGCAGAACUUCCAACUGCUUACUCAAUUGUGGUUUAUCACAAAAUUGAGAUGCUUGAUAGACUAAGAUCAAUCUAUGUUCCUCAGAAUUUUUACUGCAUUCAUGUUGACAAAAAGUCUCCAGAAUCCUUUUUUGCUGCUGUGAAGGGAAUAGUUUCAUGUUCUGAUAAUGUCUUUAUUUCCAGCCAGUUAGAGUGUGUUGUAUAUGCUUCAUAGCAGGCAGACAUUAACUGCAUGAAAGAUCUCUACAGAAGAAGUACAAAGUGGAAAUACCUAAUAAACCUCUGUGGCAUGGACUUUCCUAUUAAGACCAACCAGGAAAUAUCAGAGAGGUUGAAAGCCCUUAAAGGUGAAAACAGCUUGGAAACAGAAAAAAUGCCUCUUAAAGAAGUAAGGUGGAAAAAGCACCAUGAGAUUAUUGAUGGUAAAGCAAAGAACACAGGCAGAGACAAACAAUGACCACUUCUCAGUACUCCAAUUGUUUCUGGUAGUGCCUAUUUUGUCAUUAGCAGAAGAUUUGUAGCACUAUUAGAAAACAGCAAAAUCCUUUCAUUUAUUGAGUGGCCAAAAGACACUUACAGCCCUGAUGAGUACUUGUGGGCAACAAUUCAGAGUAUCCCUGAAGUCCCAGGUGCAGUUUCUUCCAGUAAUAAGUAUGAUGUUUCUGACAUGAAUGCACUGGCCAGGUUUGUGAAGUGGCAGUACUUCGAAGGUGAUGUGUCUAAAGGUGCGCCCUACCCACCAUGCAGUGGGAUUCACGUUCACUCUGUCUGUGUGUUUGGAGUAGGAGACUUGAACUGGAUGCUGCAAAACCACCACUACUUUGCUAAUAAGUUCAAUACUGAUGUUGACCCUUUUGCUGUGAAAUGCUUGGAAGAGUAUUUGCGACACAAAGCUUUGCAUCAGCAAAAUAACUGA